AUGGACGAUGAUUUCUCCGACGUGUCGGAGCUGAGCUCGGCGCCCGCAUCGCCGUCACCACCGCCGGGCUUCUAUCCCUCGCCGCCGCCGUCGCAGGACGCGGACGAGAGCCGCCAAGCAGAGGCAGCGCCCGCCCGGAAGAAGCGACGGACGGCGGCGCCCAAAGAGCGGCGCACGCAACGUCUCGAUCUCCGCCUCGGAUCGGAUGACCAACAGCAGCAGGUCGAUCUGCUCACCAAGACCCUUCGUCGUCACCGCAAAAUCGUCGUCAUCGCCGGUGCUGGCAUCUCCACCUCCGCAGGAAUUCCCGACUUUCGCUCCACCGAUGGUCUCUUUAAAUCCCUGCAGAAGAAACACAACCUCAAGGCGUCCGGCAAACUGCUCUUCGACGCCGCCGUCUACCAGGAUGAAACCCUGACCGCCUCCUUCCAAGAUAUGGUGCGGUCGCUGUCCGAGGAGGCCGAGAAGACCUCGCCCACCGCGUUCCACCACAUGCUGGCUCGUCUCGGCCACGAGGGUCGUCUGACCCGAUUGUAUACGCAGAACAUCGACGGCAUUGAGACCUCCAUGCCGCCGCUGGCCACCCAGAUCCCCCUGAACGUCAAGGCACCGUGGCCGCGCACCAUCCAGCUGCACGGCAGUCUCGACAAGAUGGUAUGCCAGAAGUGUCGGCACCUGGGCGACUUCGACCGCGUCAUGUUCGACCGCCCCGAUGCGCCCGAAUGUCCCGCGUGCUCUAAAAACAACCAAUUCCGCAUGGAGACCGGCCAGCGCAGCCACGGCAUCGGCAAGAUGCGGCCCCGCAUCGUGCUCUACAACGAGCACAACCCCGACGAGGAAGCCAUCACGUCCGUCAUGAACGCCGACAUUCGCUCCCGCCCCGACGCGCUGGUCGUGGUGGGCACCAGUCUGAAGAUCCCCGGGGUGCGUCGUCUCGUGAAAAGUCUGUGCCAGGUGAUCCGCACCCGCCGCAACGGAACCACCAUGUGGAUCAACAACGAGCCCCCCGUGGGGAAGGAGUUCGAGGACUGCUGGGACCUCGUCGUGACGGGCGACUGCGAAGAGGUGGCGCGACUGGCCGCCCUGAAGCGCUGGGACGACCACUCGGAGGAGGUCUUCGACGAGUGCAACCAGUCCGAGGUCGAGCGCGUCAAGAAGGGAUCGGAAGUGUCGAUUGUGGUCUCUACGCCGAGGAAGAGACAGAAGACGGCCACCGGCUUCCUCACGCCGUCCUCCAGCCAGGACGAGGAGGGCCGGAAAUCCCAAGUCCCGGCCAACACGCGCGCCAACCCCGCCAGUCGCGGACCGAAACUGGAGGACGUCCUCAAAGGAAACAAGACCGCUGCUGCGCCCAAGAAAGGAGCUGCCGCGAAGAAGAAGCCGGCCGCUGCACCUCGCAAACGGGCCAAGAAAGAAGCCCCGGCCAAAAACACCAAGAUCACCACCUUCAGCAAAGUCACCAAGGCGCCGAAGGUCGCCGCCGAAGACAAAUCCGUCAAGCUGGAAAAAGACGACUCGAAACCCAUGCAUCCUCUUCCUCCUGGUGCCGCGCGCAAUAACGGCCCGAUGUUUCCUCACCUCAGCCAGAAGGGGGACACGACGCCGACGCGCAACAGUAGCAGCGAUUGGCGGCAACCCGACACGAUCUCUCCCAAGUCAGUGCCGAACGGAAUGAGUGAGUUGCUGAACCAACCAACCGCAUGA